AUGAACUGGUGGCACGGACCACCAUGGCUCAUGAAAAGCUCAUCGUCUUGGCCAUCUCUAGAGCUCGCUUCAGUGGCAUCAGCAGAUCUUGAAGAGAAACCUGGUGUCAUUCUCAGUGUGAAGGUCCAGCGCCCAGAGAUCUGGGAUUUAGUUCAUCGCUAUUCUUCACUCAGCAAACUGCUUCGGAUUAAGGCCAUCUGUCAACGCGUCAUUGCUCGUCUCAGAAGAAUUCCUGGAUCAUCGUUAGCAACAGCUCUGAACCCUGGUGACAUCGAGCAAGCCCGACUGCUCUGGCGUUUCUGGAUCACCGGGGAGUUCUACGUGUUGAAAUUUGCUCAGCUCGACUGCGAAAAUAAGCAUCAGAUCAUCAUACCUCGGGAUUCUCACCUCAUCAUUCGAGAUGCCCAUCUCAGGACUCUUCAUGGAGGAACACAGCUCACUCUUGGUCAACUUAGAAGGUCUUACUGGAUCCUCGGUGGAAAAGCCCCGGUAAGAUCAUUCAUCCUGAAGUGCGUUCCAUGCGCUAGACAGCGAGGGAUCAGAGCUCAACAGCUCAUAGGCCAGCUCCCAGUUGCUCGUCUCAGCCGUGGCCGAGCGUUCCUCAACACUGCGGUUGACUACGCUGGACUGGUGUCGCUCCGCUCGUGGAAGGGGCGUGGUCAUAAGUCGUACAAGGGAUGGCUUGCGAUAUUCGUCUGCAUGACCACGUCCGUAGUUCAUCUCGAGGUCGUCUCAGACUAUUCAGCUGAAGGAUUCAUCUCAGCAUAUCGUCGCUUCGUUGCUCGUCGGGGUCUCUGCAGGAACUUGUUCUCGGAUUGCGGGACGAAUUUCCUGAGAGCCGACAAAGAAUUAAGAAAGCUCUUCUCAAUAGCCUCUCAGGAAUCUGAUCAGCUCGCUCGUCUCUUGCUCGACGAUGGAACCAAGUGGUCUUUUAACCCUCCAAGUGCUCCAUACUUCGGAGGUAAAUGGGAAGCCGCGGCGUUGACAGCAUUGCCUGAGCCUCCGCUGAACGACUUGAACAUCGCUCGUCUGUCUCGUUGGCAGCUCAUUCAGCAGAAGGUUCAGGGCUUUUGGAAAUGGUGGUCCACGAGCUAUCUGCAACAUCUCCAGUCCAUCUCCAACUGGCACCACCCAACGUACAAUGUGAAGGUCGGUUCUCUAGUCCUUCUCACCGACGAGAGGUUUCCACCAACGAAGUGGCUUCUCGCUCGAGUCAUCGCUCUCCACCCUGGUAGAGAUGGACUCACCAGGGUGGUCACCAUCAAGACGUCCAGCUCUACGCUUCAGAGGCCCAUCUCCAAACUGGCUCUACUGCCCGUCUCGACCAAUGAUGUUUAA